AUGGCUGUACGGGUACUGCAGACGAACCUCAACCACUGCGCCAGGGCCCAGGAUCUCUUGUUCCAAUCCCUGGCGCAGUGGAUGAUCGGCAUCGCCGUGGUGGCUGAGCCAUACUCUGUCCCCCCCCGGGACGACUUCAUGGGCGACAUGGACGGAUCGGUGGCACUGGUGACGAGAGCGGCAGCUGGUGUUCCUCCGCCUACCGCCGUAAAAAAAGGGAAGGGGUACGUGGCGGCGCUAUGCGGAGAAAUAUGGUUCGUUGCAACCUAUUUCUCCCCAAACCGCUGCCUGGCCGACUUUGAACAGUUCCUGGGCGAAGUAGGGGAGUUAAUCGGGCGGCUUCUUCCGCGUCCCGUGAUCGUCGCCGGAGACUUUAAUGCGAAGUCCACAGCCUGGGGUUCUCCGGCGACAGACGCGAAGGGCGCCACCCUCGAGGAGUGGGCUGUUGCGGCGGGGCUGGCCUUGCUGAACGAGGGAACGGCACACACGUGCGUGCGGCAACAGGGUGGUUCCAUCGUGGACAUCACGUUCGCGAGCGCCGCCCUGGCGCGCCGUGUCCAGGGAUGGGAGGUCAUGGUGGGGGUGGAGACGCUGUCUGACCACCGGUACAUACGGUUCGACGUCACCACCCCUCGGCGACCUCUCACAACCCAAGCCGGAUGGACCCGGUCGGGGGUGGCCCAAGAUGGGCACUCACCAAACUCGACCGGGAACUGCUCAGGGAGGCGGCGAUAG